AUGUAAAAAAAUAUAAUAAUAAUAUUUCUCUUUUUAGCAUUAUAUUCUUUCGAAAAGACAAAUAUUGCAAAAUACGAAUACAUUCCUCAAGUAACCUAACCUCGGUAAAAAGCUCCAUAUUUUUCUGCCAUAGCAGUAACUCCUGAAGGUAAAUUCGAAACUAGAUCAUUAGAUUAAUAUGAAGGUAAAUAUUUAGUUAUAGUAUUUUACCCAUUUGAUUUCACAUAUGUAUGCCCAACUGAACUAGUAGCUUUUUCAGAUUCAAUCUAAUAAUUCAAAUAAAUAAAUACAGAAGUAAUUGCUAUUUCUACAGACUCCCAUUUCACACAUUUAGCAUGGAUUAAAACUCCUAGAAAUUAAGGAGGAGUAGGAAAACUUUAAAUUCCUUUACUUGCAGAUAUUUCCAAAAAAAUAUCAAAAGCUUAUGGAGUUUUAGUAGAAGAUGAAAUGGAUGAACUGUACGGAGCUUCUUUAAGAGGACUUUUUAUUAUAGAUGAGAAAAGAACUAUAAGGACUAUUCAAAUUAAUGAUGCGCCAGUAGGUAGAAGUGUAGAAGAAACUUUAAGAUUAAUAAAAGCAUUCUAACAUACUGAUAAGCAUGGAGAAGUAUGCCCUGCUGGAUGGCAACCAGGAGAAAAAACGAUUAUUCCAGAUUAAAAUGAAAAACUAUAAUAUUUUGAAAAAAUAAAAUAAUGAUUUUUAUAUAUUUACAAUAAAUU